AUGGCUUCUCUCGCAAGUCCAGGCAGCAAGAAGCGCGCACUGCCACACGCUCGCGGUGUCUUGCGCGCAGAAGGCGGCGGCGAAUCCUCACGCGAAGCCUCGGAGGAAUCGAACGCGGAAACUGGGCUGAGCGAGGACGACGACCUCGACCUCUCGGAUGCGCGGCCGGCGCCUGCGUCUGCUCAGCCGAUCACGAAGGGACUGAAGGGUCUGAGUUUGGGCGCACCGGUGGGCGAAGGCGUGGGGACGACUGCACCAGCGAGUACGAGGGUCGGGCAGCUGGCGGCAGCGAACGAGGGUUACGAGUCGGCUGGUCACGAGGGCGACAUUUCCUCUGCGACGGCAAACUCCUCUUCCGCACACGCCAUCACUCCCUCCGCUUCUCGCGCCCACGUCUUCCGCGCCCCCGUCGGUCUCCACCACCAACCCUCGUACCGUUCUUCCGCCGGCGAGAGCGGCUACUCGCCUUCCCCUUCGUCCUCUCCGCGCUCUCAACAGACAGAGACUGAGACGGACAAGGACGAUGAGAUGCCGCCUCCGCCAUUGGCGGCCGUCGAGAGCAGACAUCCCGGAUUGGGCGAGGAACCCGUCUUGUGGGCGCCGGCGCCGAGCGGGUUCUUGAGCAACUUGACGGCCGAGGAGAUUCAGGACCACAUCCGGAGAGCGAUUGCGGGCGACCCUGGGCGGGCCUACAAGAUCAACCCUCCUCCGACCGACAGGCCCGUUAGGAUCUACGCUGACGGUGUCUACGACUUGCUGCAUUACGGCCACAUGCUCCAGCUGCGACAAUGCAAGCUCGCCUUCCCCUCUGUCCACCUCCUCGUCGGCGUCUGCUCCUCAACCCUCGUCGAACAACACAAAGCCAAGCCCGUCCUCUCGUCGCAAGAACGGUACGAAUCGAUGCGGCACGUUCGUUGGGUCGACGAGGUCGUCGAGGAUGCGCCGUGGCAGGUCGAUCAGGAGUUUAUCGACAAGUGGAAGAUUGAUUAUGUCGCGCAUGACGAGGAGCCGUAUGCGAGUGCGGGCAAGGACGAUGUGUAUGUGUACGCCAAGUCAAUCGGCGCCUUCCUUCCCACGAAACGCACCAACGGCAUCUCGACCUCCGAACUCCUCCAGCGCAUUGUUGAAGGCUACCGCGAAGGCGACUACGACGGCAAGCUGCGCAAGAUCGGCCACCCCGAACUGUGCUCUCGCCAAGGCAGCGAAGCCGGAACGGGCUAUGGCGCUCCUCACCCUCUCCCGACGGUCGGCGAGCAAUAA